AUGGAUUACUGUGUUGCUUUUGAUUAUGAGGUUGAAGUUUUAAAAGUUGAUCGCGAAAAAUACAAUUGCAUAACUUUCAUUAAAGAUGUUAAAGUGUGUGCAGAUGCAGAGAAUGAGAUUGUUGAAUAUUAUCCAGAUGAAAGGUUUAAGGUAGAGGCUAAGUUGCCUUUAUCAAGGGCUAAGUAUCUAAUAGGAGAAGAUAAAGAUAUGAAUUUUAUUUUCCAACAGUAUGAGGUUAAAGGGUUGAAACAAAUAAGGUUUGAAGUUGAAGCUAUUCUUGUGGAUAUAAUUGACAGUGUUAGAUUGUUAGAAACAACUUCCAAUUGUGUAGGAAAUGAGUUUGACGAUGAGGGUGUUGUGGAUGAUGAGUCAAAAGGCAUUGGUGAGGAGAGAGAUCUAAAUAUUACUAGCGAGGGAAAUGAGGAGAUAGUUAGAGAUCCAAAUACUAUUGGGGAGGGAGUCACACAUGCUGCCAAUGAAGAUGAGGCAAUAGCGAGAGAAGAGGGAUUUUAUGGUGGUGAGCUUCUAGAUUAUGGGUCUCAUAGUGAUUAUUAUGUGGGAGGAUCUAGUGAUGAUGAUAAUAUGGGUCAGACGACUGCUAAUCAGAGCCCAGUUUCUAUUGACUUGCAUCUUGAAGCCCGCUCCAAUUCCUCCUAUGAUGAAGUCCGCCUCAACCCAACUGGAACUGCUGUGUGGGCUGCGAGUGCUCACAUAAUAAUGGCUCUUAUAGGAUCUGGAGUUUUGUCAUUGGCUUGGGCCACAGCUCAGCUUGGAUGGAUUUUUGGACCAAUUGUCAUGCUCUUAUUCUCUCUUGUCACUUGCUACACUUUUACUCUUUUUGCUGAUGCAGUUUGUCACCCUUCUGGGGAUCUUGUCUCCCGGGAAAGAAACUACACUUACAUGGACAUUUUCCGAUCUGAGCUUGAUGGGAUUAGGUUCGACAUAAGUAGAGUUGUUUAUUACAUAAGCCUUUUUGGAGUUGCCUGUGGCUACAUUACAGAAUCAUCUGCAUGCCUAAAUGCUAUUCAAUGGUCACAGUGGUUUCACAGUGGUGGUGACAACCAUAUGAAUCGAAUCUUAUGUGUGGUUAUUUUUGGUGUAAUACAAAUUUUUUUCUCUCAAAUUUAUGGAUUCGGAAAAUUAAGGUGGCUUACCGUUCUGGUAACUGCGAUCACAUCCUUUAUUUACUCAAUGAUUGGUCUUGGUCUUAGUAUUGCUAAAGUUGCAGUAACUGGGAAAUUCUUGGGAAGUUUAACUGUUGUAAGCAUUGGCACUGUUGCUCACACCCAAAAGAUAGAGAGGGCGUUGCAUGCAGUUGGAGUUAUCGCAUAUGCAUAUUCUUACUUCAUCAUCUUUAUUGAAAUACAUGGCACGAUCAAGUCUCCAACCUUAGAAGCCAAGACAAUGAAGAAGGCAUCCAUAAUAAGUGUUGGAUUAACAACUUUAAUCUACAUGCUCUGUGGCUGCUUUGGAUACGCUGCUUUUGGAGACUUAUCACCUGAAAAUCUCCUCACUGGUUUAGGAUUUGAUAAACCAUUUUGGCUUCUAGAGAUAGCCAAAGUAGCCAUAGUUGUUCACCUCAUUGGAGCAUACCAAGUUUACUGCCAACCCCUCUUCAUAUUCAUUGAAAAAGAAGCUUCUGAUAGAUUUCCAUCAAUGAUGCCUAUCACCAAAGAGAUUCGAGUCCCAAUCCCUGGAUUUAGGAGCUACAAACUAAAUUUGUCUCGCUUGGUUUGGAGGACAAUUUUCGUCACUAUAACCAGUGUGAUUUCAAUGAUCCUUCCAUUCUUCAACAAUAGGGUUGGUCUCCUUGGAGCCUUAGGGUUAUGGCCAUUCACAGUGUACUUUCCUGUGGAGAUGUACAUAAGGGAAAAGAAUAUACUCAAAUGGAGUACAAAGUGGAUUGGCCUCCAAAUCCUAAGUUUUGCCUGCUUCAUUAUUAGCAUUGUUGCGGCUACGGGCUCUAUUGCAGGAUUUGUUGUUGACCUCAAGACUUUUAAGCCUUUCAAGUUCGCUACCUGA